AUGUUGAAACAUGCGCUACUGUUCGCCACAUGGGCCAUUUCUACAUUUGGAGCUCCAAGCCCCUCUGGCUCGGGAGGCCGCUUCCACGUUGACCAGGUUUAUAACCGCAACGCCAGACACAAUGGCCCUGCCGAGUACGCCUUUGCUCACGCCAAGUAUCAUGCCCCUAUUCCCAAAGGCCUGGCCAAGACCAUGGCUGCGAUGAAAAAGGUCAAUAUUGAUGCGGGCAAUGCAACGGGUGAGGUCCCUUCUUGGCCACAGGAGCUUGACAUCGAGUACCUCAGCCCCGUAAUGGUCGGCGAACCUGCCCAGAUGGUAUGGAUGAAUCUCGACACAGGGUGGAUGUAUGCUUCAACAACCGGAGAGGGCCACAAGGGAGACCAGAAAUUUUACGCCCCAGAAGUUUCCAAAACAUCAUCGCAUGUGGCCAACACGUCUUGGUAUAUCGAAUAUGGUAGGGCGCAUCCAUUCUUUAAACCCAAGACAAAUGUCGUUCAACUUUGGCUGGUUACCGUCUCACUACCGGACACUGACCGGCUGGCAGGCGAUGGCACCUACGCAAGUGGUGAUGUAUGGAAAGACACGCUCUCUAUUGGUGAUGUCGAAAUCAAGAAUAUGACGAUUCAGACGGCCUUGCUGGCAUCGGUGGCCAUGGUAACCGACGUCAACAUGUCGGGUCUCGCGGGCCUCUGUCCUAACCAUCCCAGCACUGUCAUGCCUAGCCAACCAACACUGCUCGAGAAACUCGAGCCAGUUCUUGACGAAUUUGUAUUCACUGCCGACCUCCGGUACCAGGACACUGGUCGAUUCCGGUUUGGCCAUGUACCCAAAGAUGAUUACGAGGGUGAAAUUCACUGGGCCCGAAUGAACAAGACGUCCAAGUUCUGGCAGUUCGACAUCAACAGUGUCCACGUGGGUGGCACUGACAAAUUGUUGCAGUCAACCUGGUCCUUUAUCGCUGAUACAGGCACUACGCUGAUGCUUUUGCCCAUGGAUCUGACCAAGUUGUACUAUGAUCAGGUGCCGGGGGCCGAGUAUAACAAGUGGUAUGAUUCUUACACAUUUCCUUGCAGCGAAACGAAGAACCUGCCCAGUUGGAACUUCCAAAUCGCGGGCCUCAAUGGCACUAUACCGGGCCACUACAUCGCGUACACCAACGUCACUGAGAAGCUCUGCUACGGAGGCAUCCAGCCGUGGCCGGUCGAGAUGUAUGGCUUUGGCAUCCUUGGUGACGUUUUCCUCAAGGCCGUCUACGCCGUUUUUGACGUGCAGAACAAGACGGUUGGGUUUGCGAACAAGAAGCUUGGGGCUUAG